GCCCCGCCGCCCUCCCGGGCGGGGCGGGGCCGUGCGGGACCGGGCCGAGCCGCGCCGAGGCCCAGCCGAGGGGCUGCGAGCCAGGCACCAGCCAUGAGCAGCCCGCUGCUCCUGCUGCUGCUCCUGCUGCUGCUCCUGCUGCGCGGCCCGGCCGCCGGGCGCCCCCCGCCCGCCACCGCUACCCCCCGCCUCAGGCUGGCCUUCCCGGAGCUGCGGGCCCGCCACGGGCUGCGCCUCUUCCAGCUGGAGCGCUCGUGCUGCUACGAGGCCCUGCUGCUGGACGAGGAGCGCGGCCGCCUCUUCGUGGGCGCCAAGAACCACCUGGUGUCGCUGAGCCUGGACAACAUCAGCCAGCGGGACAGGAAGAUCUACUGGCCUGCACCGGUAGAGUGGAGGGAAGAGUGCAACUGGGCUGGCAAGGACAUCACCGCCGAGUGCAUGAACUUCGUGAAGAUCCUGCACGCCUACAACCGGACCCACCUGUAUGCCUGUGGCACCGGCGCCUUCCACCCCACCUGUGCCUUCGUGGAGGUCGGCCAGCACAUGGAGGACCAUGUCUUCAAGCUGGACCCACGGCACGCUGAAGAUGGCAAGGGAAAGAGCCCCUAUGACCCCCGGCACACAGCCGCCUCUGUUCUCGUGGGUGAGGAGCUCUACUCAGGGGUGGCCACCGAUUUGAUGGGGCGCGACUUUACCAUCUUCCGCAGCCUGGGUCUGCGCCCGUCCAUCCGUACUGAGCAGCACGACUCCCGCUGGCUCAACGAGCCCAAGUUCGUGGACGUUUUUUGGGUGCCUGAGAGCGAGAACCCCGACGACGACAAAAUCUACUUCUUCUUCCGUGAGACGGCGGUGGAGCGGCAGCAGGGGCUGGGCAAGACCAGCUUCACCCGCAUCGGCCAGAUCUGCAGGAACGACGUGGGCGGGCAGAGGAGCCUGGUGAACAAGUGGACGACGUUCCUGAAGGCCCGGCUGGUCUGUGCUGUGCCGGGCGCCGAGGUUGCUGACACGUACUUCGACGAGCUCCGUGACGUCUUCCUGCUGCAGACAAGAGACAAGCGCAACCCCUUGGUCUAUGCGGUCUUCUCCACCUCCAGCUCCGUCUUCCAGGGCUCGGCUGUCUGUGUCUACACCAUGGCUGACAUCCGCCGGGCUUUCCUGGGGCCCUUUGCGCACAAGGAGGGCCCCAACUACCAGUGGGUGCCGUACCAGGCUCGUGUGCCAUACCCCCGCCCAGGCAUGUGCCCCAGCAAAACCUUCGGCACCUUCAGCUCCACCAAGGACUUCCCAGAUGAGGUGAUCCAGUUUGCCCGCCACCACCCGCUCAUGUACAACCCGGUGCUGCCCCACGGCCAGCGGCCCCUCUUCCUGCAAGCCGGCGUGCCCUACACCUUCACCCGCAUCGCCGUUGACCGCGUCUCUGCUGCUGAUGGCCACUACGACGUCCUCUUCAUUGGCACAGAUGUCGGCACCGUGCUGAAGGUGGUCUCAGUGCCCCAGGAGAGGUGGCAUGGCAUGGAGGAGCUGCUGCUGGAGGAGCUGCAGGUCUUCCAGGAUGCGUCCCCCAUCAUCAGCCUGCAGCUCUCCUCCAAGCGGCAACAGCUCUAUGCCGGCUCGACCACGGCAGUGGCCCAGUUGCCUCUGCACCGCUGCAGUGCCUACGGCAAAGCCUGCGCCGAGUGCUGCCUGGCCAGGGACCCGUACUGUGCCUGGGAUGGCACCGCCUGCACCCGCUACGUGCCCAGCACCAAAAGGCGUUCCCGCCGGCAGGACGUCCGCAAUGGGGACCCCAACCUGCUCUGCUCUGAAGAGCCACGGCGGGGCCGCGUGCCCCAGAGGCAGCUCUACGCAGUGGAGGGUAGCAGCACCUUCCUGGAGUGCGUGCCCAGGUCCCUGCAAGCCCACGUGCUCUGGACCUACCAGCACAGCCCCGAUGCUCCCCAGCGAGAGGUGCAGCUGGAUGAGCGGGUGGUUUGGACGGAGCGGGGGCUGCUCCUGCGCAGCGUCCAGCGCUCCGACGCUGGUCUCUACCUGUGCCGCGCCACCGAGCAUGGCUUUACCCAGCCCCUGCUGCGCUUGGUGCUGGAGGUGAUCGCCGCCAGCCGGGCGGCAGGGCCGCUGUCCCCGGGUGCCCCCGCGCCCUCCCGCACGCUCUGGUACCGGGACUUCCUCCAGCUGCUGGAGCGGCCGGAGGCGGCCUGCGAGGGGCCGAGGGGCGGCUCGCGGUCCCCCCGCACCCAGGCCGGGCCCCCCGCGCGGCCCGGAGAGGAGCCGCGGGCCGCCCGCCGCCGCCGCACCCGGGGAGGGCCACGGGGCCCCCGCAGCGCUUCCCCCUGGUGACACCGGGCCCGGGCACCGGGCGCUGCCUAGGAGCGGGGACCGGGCCUGACUCUGCCGCUGCCGCGUGGCGAGAGGGGCUCGCAGUGGCCGUGGGGGGGCUCCCAGCCGGGCGCGGGCCCCGCUCUAUUUAUUAACAGCUGGUAGCAG